GCGAGGGCGGCCGGGCUGCGGGGCGCAGCGGGACCGGCAGCGAGGGGGCUGCGCCGGCCCUGCCCGCCGCCCCGCCGGGACAGGUGUGAGAGCAAGAUGGCAGGAAACAGCCUGGUGCUGCCCAUCGUGCUGUGGGGCCGCCGGGCGCCCACGCACUGCAUCUCCAGCCUGCUGCUCAUGGAGGAAUCCUCCGUCAUCGUCACCGGCUGCCACGAUGGGCAGAUCUGUCUCUGGGACCUGUCUGCAGAUCUAGAGAUUAAUCCCAGAGCUCUGUUGUUUGGUCAUACAGCCUCAAUUACUUGUUUAUCAAAGGCCUCUGCUUCCAGUGAAAAGCAGUAUAUAGUGAGUGCAUCAGAGAGCGGGGAGAUGUGUCUGUGGGAUGUGAAUGAUGGGAGAUGCAUAGAGUUUACUAAACUAGCCUGCACACACACUGGCAUACAGUUCUAUCAGUUUACAGUUGGGACUCAGCACGAAGGGAGACUAUUAUGCCAUGGACAUUAUCCAGAAAUUCUUGUUGUGGAUGCUACCAGCCUUGAGGUUCUUUAUUCUUUAUUGUCAAAGAUAUCUCCUGACUGGAUCAGCUCCAUGGCUAUCAUCCGAUCCAACAGAACCCAAGAGGAUACAGUUGUAGCAGUGUCGGUGACUGGCAUCCUGAAGGUGUGGAUAAUAACCUCUGAAGUCAGUCGCAUGCAGGAUACAGCUCCAGUGUUUGAGGAGGAGUCCAAGCCCAUUUACUGUCAGAACUGCCAGAGCAUCUCCUUCUGUGCCUUCACCCAGCAGUCGCUGCUGGUGGUGUGCUCCAAGUACUGGCGGGUGUUUGAUGCUGGAGAUUAUUCCCUGUUGUGUUCAGUCCCGAGUGAAAAUGAUCAGACCUGGACUGGUGGCAACUUUGUGUCAGCUGAUAAAGUGAUUGUGUGGACAGAAGAUGGACAAAGUUUCAUUUACAAAUUACCAGCCAGCUGCCUGCCAGCUAGUGACUCAUUUCGCAGGGACGUGGGGAAAGCAGUGGAAAACCUGAUACCUCCUUUAUUGUACAGUGUGUUGGACAGAGCAGAUAAACAGCUGCUAAUAUGUCCUCCAGUCACUCGAUUCUUCUAUGGGCAUAGGGGAUUCUCCUAUAAACUGUUAAUCCAGGGAGACUCUUCAGGGAGGCUGUGUAUUUGGAGUGUGCCUGAUACCCUUGAACAAGAUGGUAGUGCAAAAGCAGGACUGCAAACAACUACUUCAGUAUCUCUCCAGGAAGCUUUUGAUAAGCUCACCCCUCGCCCUGCUGGGAUUAUAGACCAGCUGAGCUUAAUCCCAAACCUGAGGGAUCCACUGAAGGUCACGGCCAGCGUGUACAUCCCGGCCCACGGGCGCCUGGUGUGCGGCCGGGAGGACGGCAGCAUCGUCAUCGUGCCAGCCACACAGACUGCCAUCGUCCAGCUGCUGCAGGGGGAGCACAUGCUGAGGAGGGGCUGGCCACCUCACCGGACACUCCGAGGCCAUCGGAACAAAAUCACAUGUUUACUGUAUCCUCAUCAGGUCUCUUCUCGUUAUGAUCAGAGGUAUUUGAUCUCAGGUGGUGUGGAUUUCUCAGUCAUCAUAUGGGAUAUAUUUUCUGGAGAGAUGAAACAUAUCUUCUGUGUUCAUGGUGGAGAGAUCACACAGCUUCUAGUUCCACCAGAAAACUGUAGUGCAAGAGUCCAGCACUGUGUUUGCUCUGUGGCCAGUGACCACUCAGUAGGUCUUCUGAGUCUGAGGGAGAAAAAGUGCAUCAUGUUGGCAUCCCGGCACCUCUUCCCUAUUCAGGUGAUAAAGUGGAGACCUUCUGAUGACUACCUGGUGGUAGGAUGUUCAGACGGGUCCGUGUACGUCUGGCAAAUGGAUACUGGUGCCCUGGACAGGUGUGUGAUGGGGAUCACAGCAGUGGAGAUCCUGAAUGCCUGUGACGAGGCAGUGCCUGCUGCUGUGGACGCCCUGAGCCAUCCCGCCGUCAACCUGAAGCAGGCCAUGACGCGGCGCAGCCUGGCGGCGCUCAAGAACGUGGCCCAUCAGAAGCUGCAGACUCUUGCCACCAACCUGCUGGCUUCUGAGGCCUCUGACAAGGGGAAUCUACCAAAAUAUUCCCACAACUCCCUGAUGGUUCAAGCUAUAAAGACUAACUUAACAGACCCAGACAUACACGUGCUCUUCUUUGACGUGGAAGCCCUGAUUAUCCAGCUGCUGACUGAGGAGGCCUCCAGACCCAACACUGCUCUCAUUUCUCCUGAGAAUUUGCAGAAAGCCUCUGGUGGGGCUGACAAGGGAGGCUCCUUCUUGACUGGGAAACGAGCAGCUGUGCUCUUCCAGCAGGUGAAGGAAACAAUCAAAGAGAACAUAAAAGAGCAUCUUCUGGAUGAUGAAGACGAGGAUGAAGAAUCGAUAAGGCAGAGAAGAGAAGAUGGUGACCCAGAGUAUCGCUCUAGCAAAUCCAAACCAUUAACUUUAUUAGAAUAUAAUCUAACCAUGGACACAGCAAAGCUUUUCAUGUCCUGUCUCCAUGCCUGGGGCCUGAAUUCUGUUCUAGAUGAGCUUUGCCUUGAUCGCCUGGGGAUGCUCAAGCCACACUGCUCCGUGUCCUUUGGCCUCCUGUCCAGAGGAGGCCACAUGUCUCUGAUGCUUCCUGGCUAUAAUCAGCCUGUAGGCAAACCCUCGUAUGGCAGUGAGGAGCUGGGAAGGAAAAUGUCCCUGACAGAAGGCCUGGGAAAGGGGACAUACGGUGUGUCACGGGCUGUCACCACCCAGCACCUCCUGUCAGUCAUCUCACUGGCCAACACGCUGAUGAGCAUGACCAACGCGACCUUCAUUGGAGACCACAUGAAGAAAGGUCCCACCAGGCCACCUAGGCCAGGCACUCCUGAGAUGUCAAAAGCGAAGGCAUCCCCUUCAGUUUCAAGUCAUGCAGUCCAAGGACAAAUUAAGCAAGUUGCUCCUGCUGUUUCUUCUAGCACUGAAGCUGGUCACUCUGGCUCUGACACUGCUCCCACUUUACAUACCUGUUUCUUAGUCAAUGAAGGGUGGAGCCAGCUGGCUGCCAUGCACUGUGUGAUGCUCCCUGACCUGCUGGGGCUGGACAAGUUCAGACCUCCUCUGCUGGAGAUGCUGGCGCGCAGGUGGCAGGACCGAUGCUUGGAGGUCCGAGAAGCUGCCCAGGCCUUGUUGCUGGCAGAGCUGAGAAGAAUUGAGCAGGCAGGUCGGAAAGAAACCAUUGAUGCCUGGGCUCCCUACCUGCCACAGUACAUGGACAGUGUCAUAUCUCCUGGAGUGACCACAGAAGCCAUUCAGACUGGGAGUGCAAGUCCAGAUUCUCUGGGGACAGAAGCAAAAGUUCAGGAAGAGGAACAUGACCUGGCUGAUGAUGACAUCCCACCUGGCUGCCUGCCCGGCCUCCCUCAGAUGAAGAAGACCUCCACGUCCUACGAGGAGAGGAGGAAGCAGGCCACGGCCAUCGUCCUGCUGGGCGUCAUCGGGGCCGAGUUCGGGGCGGAGAUCGAGCCGCCGAAGCUGCUCACUCGGCCACGGAGCUCCAGCCAGAUUCCCGAGGGCUUUGGCUUGACUAGUGGUGGAUCAAAUUAUUCCUUGGCAAGGCACACGUGCAAGGCGCUGACGUUCCUGCUGCUGCAGCCGCCCAGCCCGCGCCUGCCCGCGCACAGCACCAUCCGCAGGACGGCCAUCGACCUCAUCGGCCGCGGCUUCACCGUCUGGGAGCCCUACAUGGACGUCUCGGCCGUGCUGAUGGGCCUCCUGGAGCUCUGCGCCGACGCCGAGAAGCAGCUGGCCAACAUCACAAUGGGGCUGCCCCUCAGCCCGGCCGCCGACUCUGCGCGCUCGGCUCGGCACGCCCUGUCCCUCAUCGCCACCGCCAGACCCCCCGCCUUCAUCACCACCAUCGCCAAGGAGGUGCACCGCCACACCGCCCUGGCCGCCAACACCCAGUCCCAGCAGAACAUCCACACCACCACCCUGGCCCGGGCCAAGGGGGAGAUCCUGAGGGUCAUUGAGAUCCUGAUUGAGAAGAUGCCUACUGACGUCGUGGACCUUCUCGUGGAGGUUAUGGACAUCAUCAUGUAUUGCCUUGAAGGAUCUUUGGUUAAGAAGAAGGGUCUUCAGGAAUGCUUUCCAGCCAUCUGCAGGUUCUACAUGGUGAGCUACUACGAGCGCAGCCACAGGAUCGCGGUGGGUGCGCGCCACGGCACCGUCGCCCUCUACGACAUCCGCACUGGCAAGUGUCAGACUAUCCACGGCCACAAAGGAGCCAUAACUGCGGUGGCCUUUGCGCCCGACGGCCGGUACCUCGCCACCUACUCCAACUCUGACAGCCACCUCUGCUUCUGGCAGAUGAACACCUCUCUCCUGGGGAGCAUUGGCAUGCUGAACUCAGCCCCCCAGCUCCGCUGCAUCAAGACCUACCAGGUGCCCCCCGUGCAGCCCGCCUCCCCGGGCUCGCUCAGCGCGCUGCGGCUGGCGCGGCUCAUCUGGACCUCCAACCGCAACGUCAUCCUCAUGGCCCACGACGGCAAGGAGCACCGCUUCAUGGUCUAGGGCAGGAGGAAGGCUGGGGAGCCUGGCGGGAUGCAGCGUGGGAUCGGGAGCUCCGUGCUGGAUGCUGAGCUCUCGCAGCAGCCCUCGUUAAACACCUUGUUCCUUUGGAGCCUCCCACAGCACCUCAGUGUUUACCAAAAAGGCUGGUGUUUACAUGUACUUUCUCCUCGUGACCACUGAAUGCCAGCGGGCCGUCCAUCCCGGAGCCGGGUGCUGUGUCCUGGAUCCCAGAGCCAGGCACUUGGGUUCCUUAGGAUGGGGGGCUCACUGCCGUGGGGAAGGGGGUUGAGUUUCAGGGCCUGUGUCCUGCCCCAAAGGGGAUGUUUCCUCAUACCAAGUCUUGGUUUUCAAGGGCAUUGGCAGAGCUGCUGUGCCCACUUGCUGUUUGCUGUCGUCUGGAGGAAGGAAUAAUAGUCCACGUGUACAGAGAAAAGAAAAAAAGCCUCUUUAAGAUGGAAUAGCAAACUUGAAAAAAAGGAGUAUUUAUAUAUAAAGGUGUUUUUUUUUUGCUACCAAUGCAGGUAUUUAUUUAAAAAAAAAGACCAAAAGCUUUUUCUCCCUAAAGCUGCUCCCAUUUGUGCCAGGCUGUUUUCCCAGGCUGUGCCACCCUGCACCCGGGGCACAGGAUGUGGCAGCACAAGUGGCAUCAGUGGGGAAAGUCCUGGCUGGAAAAAUGGUGAAAAGUGUGUAGAAGGUAAGUUAUUGGAUGGGUAUGGUGAAACAUUUUCUUCCGUAGGAGUAUUCCUGUGUUACAUUAGCUGUGACUGUGUUUCCUUCUUCUUACAUAUCUGAUUUUGUGAAAUACUUAAUAGUGUGAAAGUAUGCUGGUUUAUGCUCACAGUAAUGAAAAAGAAAAUAAUCUAUAAAAUGCUAUUUUAUUUAAACAUAUUGAUGUAUAUGUUUGUAUAGCUUUUUCUUUGCCAUUUUUGCCUGAAAAGCUCACAGAUCCAAGGCGGCUGAAUUUACAAAAUAAAGUAAAAAUGGUACUUAUAGAAUCUUCCUUUCCCCAAAAGGAAUAAAUGAAUUUUUUAAAUGGCUUCUAAAUAUAAAAAGCAUUGAUUUAUUAUUUUUUUUAGGUGGUCUGUGUAGUGCACUGUACAUGAAAGUGAGAUUUACAGUCCAGAAGCUACAUAUCUGUUUGCUGUUUAAAAAUAACCUUAAAACAAAUUUAAAAGCAAGAAAUUAAGACCAUUAGGAAUGUUUAACACAAACUGCCAUGGAGUUUAACCUUUCCUCUGGCGGGAAUGUAGUGUGGAGUGGAGAAUUCUGUACUAGAAUAUCAGGGUCUUUUCUAAGUGAACUGAUGCAACGUGCAUGUACAUGGUGUUUAUACAGAUGUCUGUGUAACCUUGGAGAUUAAAAAGGAAAGAAAUAAAGAGGAGGGCUCAGAGCCUUUUCAUGGGCAGAACCAACUGCAGUUGUUUGCAGCAUUGGCUGCUGAGGGCCCCUGGAAGUGUUCUUCCCCCAGGAUCCCAGCGUUCUGUCCCUGAGGGAACAGUAGCUAUCCCAGAUAUCUGUGUGUUUACUUUCCAAACAGAAUGCAGCCCAGGAAGCAUGUGGCCCACCCCCCUGUGUGGUACAGUGACCAGACAGCUGGAAUUACCUCUGCGUCCCAAUGUUUGGUUUAAGCUAGAUGGGACAUGGGCUCUCUGGGAUGCAGCAGAGCUGGGACCUUUCCUCCCAGCCCAGGAAGUCAGUUCCAGGCAGCAGGAGGGUGAGAUGGCUGCUGAGGAGCUGCUCAGCCCCACACCCUGUGAUGGGCCCUGGGGUGGGCGUGCCCCGUGCACAUCCCUGCCCUUACCCCUCUUAAUCCCCCCUGUUCUGGGGGCUGUGAGCACCCCCUGCCCCAUCUGAGGUGCUGGGCAUGGCCCCAGGGUGAGCUCCCAGGGCUGCAUUGAUCUGUGAGUGCCCUGCUUGGGCUUGUCCUGGUAACUGCAGAGACCUGUGUGGCUUCCUGGGCAGCUCAGAGCAGAAGCUGACGUGGUGAGACCCCGGCAUGGGAACGCUGUGGUGCUGGAGGUCACUGUGUGGUGCGUGGUCCUGGGCCCUGCCUCUCCAGCACUGUCUUGUCCAAUCCCCUCCCCAUCACUGUCUGUGUUAAACUUCCCGGUGUAAAUGCACUUGUGAAAUAAAACUGAGUUGUACUGGA